GGCCUAAUAGGAUCAUCAGGCUGGAUCAGUUCAUCAGGCUGGGUAGAAACAUCAUGCUGGGUAGAGGCAGCAGGCUGAAUGGAGGCAUCAGGCUGAAUAGAGGCAACGGGCCGAAUAGAGGCAUCGGGCCGAAUAGAGGCAUCGGGCCGAAUAGAGGCAUCGGGCCGAAUAGAGGCAUCGGGCCGGGUAGAGGCAUCGGGCCGGGUAGAGGCAUCGGGCCGGGUAGAGGCAUCGGGCCGGGUAGAGGCAUCGGGCCGGGUAGAGGCAUCAGGCCGAAUGGAGGCAUCAGGCCGAAUGGAGGCAUCAGGCUGGGUAGAGGCAUCAGGCUGGGUACAGACAUCAGGUUGAAGUGUGGACGGCAGGCUGACCGGUUUGGAUACUGGCAGGAUGGUACUGGUUGGAAAGAAUUUUCGCUUUUUUCUGGUUUUAACUACUGGGGCACUGCAAGCAAACGCAGGUCUGCAAACGAAUGGAGCAGCUGGAGACGGAGAAGAGCUGGAGGAUGGAACAGGGGAGUGAACAGUUGCUACAGAGGACUUCUUUACAGGGUUAAAGGCAGGAUAGGUGCAGCGAGUGGGAACAGGGUACUGACAUGCGGUAGAUAGCAGGGCAGGAGGAGCUGUUGGGAAUGCAGGAAUAGAGCUUUGAGGAAAUAGAUUAGAAGCAGGACUGGGUUUUUGCAAGCUGACUGAGGCUGGGUGCAACAAAUCUGUCCAUGACUGCAGUAUGGGUUGAACAAAGCUGAGCUUACACAAAGCCUGUCUGACCAAAGACUGCACUGCGUUUAUACAAUCUCUUAGUAUCUGUAGUGAACAUGCAGAAUAACGCUCCAGAAAGUAAUCCACAUCAUCCUCUAAUAACCAUACCAGGGACUCUACCUGGUCGGCACUAAAUGGUGGCAAAAAUUCAUCCCUGCAUUCGGGGGGGUACCAGAUGAAACCAACUCCGCACAAACCUGAAUCAAUGGCUGCACCUCAGAGAAUUCUGUGCCCUGAUCUACUAGAACAUGAGCGAUCCGUAUACAUUCUAGCAGAUCAUCCCUGGGAUACUCCUUCUGAGUCUGAUAAGCAUAUUCUCUGUCAUCAAACACUAGCAGAUAUAAAUACACAACCUCAUCAAGAUCCAUCCUUCCCAU